GACAGAGUGCAAGUGGGGGAGGGGUAGGGAGAGAGAGCGACACGGAAUCUGAAGCCGGCCCCAGGCUCUGAGCUGUCAGUACAGGGCCUGACACGGGGCUCGAACUCAUGAACGGUGAGAUUGUGACCUGAGCCGAAGUCAGACACUCAGCUGAGUGAGCCACCCAGGUGCCCUGUAAAGAAACACUUUUUGAAGAUAAAGCCCGCAAACCAAGACUCUUUAUUUUCCACUUUUUGGUGGCUGUAGGUAAUAGGAUUCUACAUGUAUAUUUUACUUUUUUAUUUCUGCAAAUGUAAUGUGUGCCUUUUGGUGAACGUUGGCUGAAUUGAGUUAGCCUUUGGGGUUCUGGAAUCAUCUCUCUUCUUUCAUCUGUUGAGGUGGAGGAAAUUUUCUAUGACUUUCAGAGUCCUUCUAGCUGGACUAAGAAUGAAAUUGACAUGAGACAGAUUAACGGGAGAAAAUCAAAUCUAAUAGCAUAUGUAUGAGGAAUCCGCACAGACAUGAAAAUUCCGAAGACACUCAGGCCACAGAAAGCUUAUUUUGUGACCUCCUGAGCUAAGGAGAGGGGUAAGGUCUGGAGAUACAAAGGGGAGGAUGACCAUUAGCAGGAAGGUGAGGAGAUGUUUAGAAAACAAAGGUUGUCCUGCUAUGCAAAUAAAUUUCUUCAGUAAAGAGGAAUCUCUGUUCAUAGCUCUCUUUCUGGUACUAGCUGUCUUUUCCAAUGUAAAUUUACACAGUGGAGGGGGAGGGAAGGAGAUUUUUCUGUAUCUGCAGUUUGGAUUGCUUUUAAGUCAAAAUAAUCUUUAUGCCAAAGUGGCGCCAUCUUGGGGUGGCCUGACCCUGACCACUGCACCCCUUUUUUAGUGUAAAAUCAGAAUUUAGGAAUUGGGGUGCUUUACUCUAGAAAAAAGAUCAUGUAAAGCAGCGUGGCUAUUUCUUGUCUACUAGGGCUUGUUGAGCUGUUUUUCUUCCCUUCUCCAUUCUUCUCCAAACAAUACAUGUUCAUUUGCCUGCAGAUUAUUUAACGGAAGGGGAGAAAACCAGCAUUUCUAUGAAAUUAUAUUCCGAGAGUCAGUUUAUGUGGAGGAAAGGACAAAAUGAUUUUUAAUUUUUUUGUUUUUAAUGUAAUGGUGGAGUUUACAAAAGAGUAUAGUGGUAGACUAUUUCACAUUUAUUUUUGUAAUCUCAGCCUCAUUGAGCUAACGUUUACCUCAGUUUUAUAGUUAGCUUUACUAAGCUGCAAAACUGAAGUUGACUUACGUGGUGUUUAUCUUUCUACUGAAGCAUUUAGAGCAUCUUUAGACAUAUCUUUAUCUGAUUGCCAGUUCUGCUAUCUUAGGUUAAAGGAAGGGUAGAAUGUGGCCGUAAACUAAAAAUCAUUUCCUCGGGAUUUAGGUUGGGGCUCAAUUUCUUCAUACCAACAAAUGAGGAAUUAUGAGUAUGCCCCUUUGAGAGCUGAAACCGCAGAGAGAAUUUUAAGGCAGGUAGUAGGCUAUGAAACUGUUUCGAAACUGACCACUUAUAAGUUUGCAUGAGAGCUGGAAAGCCAGAUCUUGUGUACUUGGCAGCCUUGAAACUUUUAUUAGACUAAUGCAUGUCUAGCUUUGGUCCUCUGUUGCAGUUUCCAGAAGAAUGGAGAAGGUAGAAAAGAGCAACGAAAAUGGUUCUAAGAACAAUUGAACUUGACAGUUACGUGAAGUUUGCUACACAGAAGGAAAUAACCUCAGGUGAAAAAGUGACUAAGGAUAGCCAAAGCCACAGAUCAUGGAGAGCCAUCAGUGAAGACCUUAAAAUGCAGGGUGAAUUUUGUAGCAUGUCAGCUGUUUGCCUUGUUCGCCGCUUUCUGGUUCCGCAUCUACUUAAGUCCUGGUAAAACCAGUCCCGAUGUCCGGCACGCAUUUGCCACCGUUUUUGGCAUCUAUUUUGUCAUCUUUUGUUUUGGCUGGUACUCUGUGCAUCUUUUUGUGCUGGUGUUAAUGUGCUACGGGAUCAUGGUCACGGCCAGCGUAUCCAGUAUUCACAGAUACUCCUUCUUUGUAGCAAUGGGAUACCUUACAAUAUGCCACAUCAGCCGGAUAUACAUCUUCCACUAUGGAAUUCUCACUACAGACUUUUCUGGGCCUCUGAUGAUUGUCACACAGAAGAUCACGACCUUGGCAUUCCAAGUUCAUGAUGGAUUAGGUCGAAGAGCUGAAGACCUCUCUGCUGAGCAACAUCGACUUGCUGUGAAGGUAAAGCCCUCCUUUUUGCAAUACUUAAGCUAUCUUCUCAACUUCAUGAGUGUCAUAGCUGGCCCUUGCAACAAUUUCAAGGAUUACAUAGCCUUUAUUGAGGGGAGACAUACGCACAUGAAGUUGCUGGAAGUGAACUGGAAGCAGAGAGGUUUCCAGAGCCUGCCAGAGCCUUCUCCCACCGGAGCUGUGAUCCGCAAGUUGUACAUAACCUUGGUGUCUCUCCUUCUGUUUUUGACACUCACGAAGACCUUCCCUGUCACCUGCCUGGUUGAUGACUGGUUUGUUCAUAAAGCGAACUUUCUGACUCGACUGUGCUACUUGUAUAUCGUCAUGCAAGCCUCGAAGCCCAAGUAUUACUUUGCCUGGACGUUAGCUGAUGCAGUGAAUAAUGCAGCGGGCUUUGGGUUCAGCGGAGUGGAUAAGAAUGGAAAUUUCUGUUGGGAUCUGCUUUCUAACCUAAACAUCUGGAAAAUUGAGACUGCCACAAGUUUCAAAAUGUACUUAGAAAACUGGAAUAUUCAGACAGCUACUUGGCUAAAGCGAGUGUGCUAUGAGCGGGUUCCCUGGUACCCCACGGUGCUAACCUUUGUCCUGUCUGCCUUGUGGCAUGGUGUCUACCCUGGAUACUAUUUUACCUUCUUAACUGGAACCCUUGUCACAGUAGCAGCCAGAACGAUGAGGAACAACUACAGACAUUACUUCCUUUCCUCGAAAGCCCUCAAGGUUGCAUAUGAUGUGGUCACCUGGGCGGUCACUCAGCUGGCCGUGUCCUACACCGUUGCUCCCUUCGUUAUGUUAGCAGUUGAACCAACCAUCAGCUUAUACAAGUCCAUGUACUUUUAUUUACACAUCAUAAGUCUUCUGAUAAUACUAUUUCUGCCAGUCAAACCCCAUGCUCAUAUUCAGAGGCAGCCUCAGACUCUGAACUCCGUUAAUAAGAAGAAAAAAGAUUGAUACCUCCAAGAAAAAGCUGAGCUUGUAAAACUGCAAAACAUCGGAAAGUUGAGACCAAAAGGCUCAAGGGUUCUCCAGUGACUUAGAAGCAAUGUUUACAUGCAUUUUUUUUUUAAGUGCAGGGAGAAUUUUUAUCAAGCCUUUUUAAGUCAGCCAUGUCCAAUUGAUUUAAUAUUUCCUAGGACAUUUGAGUGGUGUGGAGGUAUGUGCAGAAUGUGCCAGAGACCGUGCAGUCUGGGCUGCUGGGUCUUUGCUUCUCUGGCACCAUUUCCAGCCACGGGAGCCCAUACAUCUGCUCCGGAAGGCAGAAGGUGGUUGCUGACAGAGCUGAUCUUCCAGAAUAUACCCAGAUAUGGUUGUUCCUUGGGAAGCCCCAGACCCUUUGACCACAGUGACGACACUCAGAAGACCACGGAGGAGAAGGAGCCGGCACGAAAGAACCAGGAGGACUUGCCGUGAACACUUGAGUGGAUGGAAAGUCAGGCAUGCCCUAAAGUAGGCUGCAUUUUUUUCCCCAAGAGAUAGAACUCUUCCCUUUUUUCCUUCUGAACUGAGCCAAGAUUGGAAAUCAGUCUCCUGUACUCCAGGAGUCUAGGAAGGGCUACUGUUUUCCAUUUCACACACGCCAUACUGUUUGCCCAGGGAUGGCCCUGAGAAAACACCCAAAUGUUUGCACCAUCAAAGGCAGAAUAAAUAAGCCUUCUAAAUAAGUAAUUUGUUUUAAAAAAGUAAAGUUCCAUAGAAGCUUGUUAAGAAGCAGCAUUUUUCUCUUUGCUCACCUCAUUUCGUGGAGGUGUUCAUGAUCUUGGUUAUGAUACACACACCAGCUGAUUUUCACUUUUCUGGUUUUGCGGUUGAUUAAAUUUGACGAUUUUAGUUGAAUCAUUGUAUCGGAGAGCAGAAAUGGAGGACCGUUUUCUAUCCUUGUUAUGAAUGUGCUGUGGUUCCUUUCGGGGACUUCUAUUGGAUAAUAUUCUAUGUGGGAGAAAGAAACAUGGUAUUAAAUGUGCAAAACGAUGAAACUGAUAAUAAUAAAUUAUAUGUUACAACAGUGUA